AUGUACAAGAAAGCUAAAGAUGUUGCAUCAGAUGCUGCAGAUACGAUAAAGACGACAGCAGAUAAGGCAUACCAAGAUACUACAGAUACGCUUAAGAAUGCAGCAGAUAAGGUAUACGAAAAUGCUACAGAUACGAUUAAGACAGCAGCAGAUAAG